UAACUUGGAUUGAAUCAACUGAGCAAAAACAUCUCUCCGCCAUUUCUUCCCCAAUUGAAGAAAAAAUCUCGGCAGAGAGAAAUGUUAAGAGCUUCAUCGCUUCAUCGUUUCCCCUUCGUUCUCCCUUCGCCGUCGCCGUCGCCGUCGCCAAUCUUAGCUCUUCUCCCUGCACUCGCUGUCCAUGAAAACUUCCCCUCGUUGCCGCGAAAACCUCAGUCAUCGUCGCCCCCUUUUCACCUGAGAUCUUCCCACUUUUCGCCCAUUUAUCCCCACAGCUAUCAUAUUUUUAGCUCCAAAUCCAAUUGGCUUCCGCCCAUGGCCGGUGGUCAAUUUUCCAUCACCAAAGCUGCAGCUUCAUUCAGCUCCGGUAGCGGCUCUGAAAGUGGUAGAGAAAUAUUGGUGCAGCAUUUGCUUGUCAAAGAAGACGACCAGAAGCUUUUGCUUGAGCUACUGAAAAGAACUGCUGAAGGAGAGGAUUUGAGUGACUUGGCUGUGGAAUACUCAAUCUGCCCGUCGAAACAAGAAGGCGGUAUGCUUGGUUGGGUGACAAAGGGGCAAAUGGUACCGGAAUUUGAAGAGGCUGCAUUUAAGGCUCCACUGAAUAAAAUUGUAAGGUGCAAGACUAAAUUUGGGUGGCAUUUGUUGCAAGUUAUCUCCGAAAGAGAGGCGUCAGUUCUUCAAUACAUUCAGCCUACUGAGCUUCAUGAGAAAAUGCAAGAUCCAUCUUUCUUCGAAGAGGCCCAGCUCAUCGAUGUUAGAGAACCCGAUGAAGUGGCCAUAGCCUCGUUGCCAGGUUUCAAAGUUCUUCCACUUCGCCAGUUUGGAAACUGGGGACCGGAAAUUGAAACUAAGUUUGACUCACAGAAGGAUACAUACGUUCUGUGUCAUCAUGGUAUGCGAUCGUUGCAAGUUGCCCAAUGGUUGCAAACACAGGGUUUCAAGAAAGUGUUCAAUAUAUCUGGAGGAAUUCACGAAUACGCCGUGAAAGUGGAUCCUUCGAUCCCUACUUACUGAGUUUCUUCCGACUUGUUUGAGGUUACUAUUCUUGUUACCGUUUUUGUUGUACUCGACCGAUGAUUUGUCGGAUUAUUUUUGUAGAACUAUAGGCGUCAAGGUGUACUCUGUUCCGAGUAUUUUGAUUUUUAUGUAUGAUUUUCGAAGCAUUGGUCAGUGAGUGUAUACGGAAAUUUUAUGAUAUAUUUUCUUCCAAUAAAUGUUGAAAAAGUUGGUUAAAUUUUA